AUGAAGGGCGACGGAAGGUGCUUGAAACUCUUUCUUGCAUUAUCGAUCCUUUUCCUACAAAACGUAAAAGGAGGAGAAGUUGGCCACAGCCACAGCCUCAGAGAUGCUAAAGUGACAGUGAGGUGCAUAGAGAGGGAAAGGCAAGCACUACUCGCAUUCAAACGUGGCCUGGUGGAUCACUUCAAUGUACUCUCUCUUCUUGCGGUUCAGAAGCCCAAAAACAAGAUUGUUGCCGAUGGAAAGGAGUCUAUUGUAGCAACCAACUGGCCAUGUGAUUCAACUUGGUCCACUUUCAUCUUUUUUAGAAGUUCGUUUGGAAACCUCACGCAAUUGCAGCAUCUCGACCUCGGCUAUAAUCUGCUUCAAGCAGAAAAUCUCAAUUGGCUCCCUGCUCCUUCUUCUUUAACGUAUUUGGACCUAAGCAUAGCCAAUCUCAGUACUUUUUUCGAUUGGCCAGAAGCGGUACUUAAUAAGGUCCCUAAAUUAGUAGACUUGUCCUUGGAGAACUGUAGUCUUCCUCCUCAUCCUACUCCAAUUCUUUCCACUACUCUUUACAAAACAAAUUCUUCUACAUCUCUGGAAAUUGUUGAUCUCUAUGAUAACCAUCUCACUUCGUCAAUAUUUCUUUGGUUGUCCAACUACAGUACAAGCCUUGUUAGUCUUGGCCUCUCCAACAAUAAUCUAACUGGUUUCAUUCCCGAUUUCAUUGGAAACAUGAGCACUCUUGUGUAUCUGGAUCUCUCUGAUAACCAAAUUGAAGGAGCAAAUCCAAAUUUGUUUGCAAGGCUGUGUAAUUUGCGAAGAUUGUGA